AUGUCCAGCUCAAACAACUUGGUCUCAGCAAGGCGUCCAAAGGGCGUGAAGGCCCGCCGGAAAUCCCAUUUAAAGCUCACCUUCCCCAAGCUCUCUGGACCGAACAGAUCGUGGUCCCCAAAUACCCUGCGUACUCGACUUGUCCUCAACUACAAACACAUUCCUUACACCCAAUCCUACCUCUCAUACACUCACAUCUCGCCGAUCUUACGCUCCUUCAAUCUGGCGCCGCUCUCCAACGGUCCAGUCCCCUAUACUCUUCCCGCAAUAAUCCAUGCUCCGUCACUCCCAUCCGAAACCGGCCAUGCAUUAAACGAUAGCUGGCCCAUCGCACAACAUCUAGAACGCACAUUCCCAGCCCCGGAAUACCCUUCCAUAUUCCCAACUCCAGCAAGUUACCCCCUUGCCGUUGCUGUGCAAAAGAUCCUCGCCAACGUCAUGGUCAAAGGCAUGUCGCUGCACAUUCCAAAAGUGCCUAAUAUUCUAGAGCCGUCGUGCGCGGAAUAUUUUCACCGCACGCGUGCCGUCCGCUUUGGCAAAUCACUACCCGACUUCGCCGCCAGAGGCCCCGAUCUUGAACGCGUCUGGGCGGAUAUUGAAGCGGAAUUUGAAACGCUUGCUGCCAUGCUACGUGGUGCGCAAGCAAUGCAGGCGAAGACCGGCCCUUUUUUUGAAGGGGAUAAAUUAGGAUAUGCGGACCUUGUGGUUGUUGCGUGGCUUGGUUGGUAUUUCCGGAAUGACCGUGCGGAUUGGGAGAGACUCGUCAAAGUCGGCAAGGAAGCAGAUGAAGACGCUGCUGCAGCCGAGAAUGGACCUAUACUGUUUAAGCCGAUGUAA